AUGCUACAUCCAGCCAGAGGCCUGGGACACAGCUCCCUGUACGACCAAAUGAUCCAUAUCCGCCAAGGUAUCGAAGGAGAUCUCCGCCACAACAUACCUCUCCCAACAGAGACAACGUCUAUGGCAACCUUUAUCCAAGGUCUCGAGAUGACUUACCUAGACUGGAAGGACACAGUAGAAGACCGUGCCAAGAUCUACCGUCAAUAUCGACAGCGUAUGUCGGACCCCCAACACCAGCAACGACGUUCCAGUCAACCGCCGGCGGCCUCUAAUCCCCAGGACUUGCGAUACAGGACUGACAUAAACCAGCGGCGACCUACCAACCCACAGUGGAAUCCUAGACAAAAGACCGACCAGCCCUACCAACGUCCAACAUAUGGCUACCAGGGCCAGCGUGCCCCCGACAAUAUAGUUACCAGAACCAAGUCUAGCAGUCGGCAAAAUGACCAGACCAAUUGGCAACAAGAUAGGAAGCCAUGGGAUAGCAACAAACCGCACACCUACAUCGCGGACACACAGGACGCCCAAGCCGAGAAGGAAGCCGGAGAAGAAUACCAUACCGACGAUCAAGAUAUCGACUGCUACGACGAGGCCAUCUAUGGCGACAAGCCGGAAAACGACCAGGAAGCCUACAUGGCUCAACAGGAUGAUGCUGCCUAUAAAGACCAGAGCUUCGAGCCUACAGCGCAGAACUGCACACCUGAAUUCUCAGUAACUUGCCGCCACUAUUAA